AUGGCUGUCAAGAUGAUCGUUUUCGCCACAUGCUUGUCAUCCGCCCUGGCCCAAUACGUCGUACCGGCUUACCCAGCGGCGCCCACCGCCUACCACUUGUCACCCUCUUACCACGUGGCACCCGCUUACCAGGUAGCACCCCUUUAUGCCUCAGCACCUGCUUACCAAGUGGCACCCGCAAAGGCUUACGUACCGGUGGAACCCACCAACGCGCCGACACCGUACAGCUUCGUGUACAGCGUGAACGACCCGACCACUUACGACGUCAAGAGCCAAGCAGAGUCCAGCGACGGCAACGGUAACGUAAAAGGCUUCUACAGCCUUUUGGAAGCCGACGGUUCCACGCGCACCGUCGAGUACACCGCCGACGACUACAGCGGGUUCAAUGCCGUCGUCAAGAAGGAAGGUGGUUACGCUUCCGCCGCUUACAAACCUGCAGCAGCAGCCCCAUACAAGCCGUACUGA